AUGCAACUCAAUCCUAAAAUAGGCCCUGCGAUUCGACACCUCGGCCUCGACGGCUGGAGCUGCGACCAAUCACCAGAAGACAGCAACAUCUACGAGCCUGCGCUCUUCAAAAAUGUCGUGCAACAGGCAAGCCACUCUCCAGAAGAAGCUGAAGAAUGGGAAAAAGACCUCAGAGAAGGAAACGAAGAUGCCUGGCUAGGAUUGAUCAUUCUUUCCCUGAGGAACGUUAGAGAACUAAAUGCAUCUCCUCCCCGGAGUACUAAAUAUUUCAGACGAAUGCUUUCUCGCGCGGCACUCUGCGAGAAACCAUUCGACAGUUGUCCCGGUUCAUUACAGCGACUGGAGGACGUCCUUAUCUACAGCGCAGAGUUAAAAGACUAUACUGUUUACUUCGAAUCUCUGCCCUUUUUUCACUUUCCUGAAAUGCGCAAAAUAUCCCUGGAAUCAGUCGUUGAAGACCACUGGUCUGAUCCUGAUAACCACCCUGCCCAGCGACCUGCCAUGGGAACGUCGCCAAUUGAAGAGAUCAAAGCUAGCAGGGACUGCAACGGCAGCAACGGCUUCAGCGAUUUUAUCACGUCAUGUGCCAAUCUGAAACGCUUUGAAUACCAGCAUUCCAACCUAGCAGUUUGGGGUCAAAGUUAUAUUGAUUUUCGUGCCCCAGCCCUUUAUAAACCCCUUCUCACUCAAAAGCACAGUCUUGAGGUUCUUCACCUGAAUGACAAGGGGGAAUACAUACCUUCCGGGUUCAACGAUGGACUUAAGCUGCACCAUAGUUGCCUUGGAUCAUUAGCAGCAUUCAAUAAUCUCAAAGAGCUGCGCAUUAGACUACGCAACUUAUUGGAUUUCGACUCUUCUGUUUCACUCUCGUUGAAGGAUAGCCUGCCUAGUUCUUUGGAAAGUCUCACUCUUGCGAACUGCAGAGACAAAUAUUUCCCCGUGGUUAUUGAAAAUUUACAAGAGAUGCUUUUUCAAAUAAGGUUUCCAUGUCUGAAGAAGGUAGAAAUUCAACCAUUCUUUGUCACGCUGGCUGAACCGAGCGCAAUCCAAACUAUGCCAUUUCCUCCUUCGAAGGGAUUAGCACAGCCCAAAGAAAUUCCUCCUUCCACUUACGAGUGUAAAAGUGGCCUGUGA